GACCAAUUGUUGAUUAUGUUAGAUGGCAAGAUGUUAGCGAGACAUCAAUCGAAGCCACGGAAUUGUUUUCAAAGAUGCAUCAUGAAAUUAUUUUAAAUAUCUUGAAAGAAUUAGAUCUUACUGAUAUUUUGGCUUUUUGUAUGGUAAAUAGAAGAUGUAGAUUACACACUCAAGAUCCCUAUUUUUGGCAUUAUAUCCUAAAGCGCGAUUGGAAAGACUGGAUAGGAUUCGAAAAAGUUUUAAAGCGUUACAAUAUAGAUCCAGAAUUAACUGAGAAAUUCAAAUCUAUUGAUGAUGAUACUUUGAAUUUAAAACGAGCUUAUAUGACAUUAGCAACUUUUAAAUACCCAAUGUCGGAGAGACGUGAUGAAUCAACAGAUGGCGCGGGAAGUUGGUGGGACAAUGAAGAAUUUAAACUAAUACCUUCUAAAGAAAGUGAAUUUGGAAGUGUUAUAAAACAAAGAACUAAAUUAUUUCAGCUUCAAGUUUGUAUCAAAUAUCCAUCGCGAGGAUGGUAUGACGUUGUGUGGAGACUGAAAAUUGAUAAAUUAAGUGGAGAACCUGAAUUUGGAUUUUAUACUACCGUAGACACGAUGGACUUCAAAGACCAAAGAACUUCUACGCAAGUUUAUAAGUAUAUAGCUCAAAAAUCCGAUUUCACUCGGGUUAUUGGCAAAGGAUGGUUUUGUUUCAUCCUUCCUUACCCUAUCCUUAUCGAACCUUACAAAUCCGUACGCAACCCUAAAGACAUGAGUUUACGUAAAACCACCAAUUGUUUACUUGAAUUAACUACUUUUAAUAAGAAUGCUCGAUGGGGGCAUUCCUCAGAUAAUGGAUUUACGAUUGACUAUGUAGCGUUGAGACCACAUGUUCAUUAUGACAUUCCUCGCGGAAAUCGGAAUAGUUCCGGAAGCACUAGUUCUUCAAGAAGUAGUGGUAGCGCGAAACGUCUCUCGAGGAGGACGACAGAUCGUGGGAACGGUGGAAGUGAUGAGUAUAUUGAUAAAGCAUAUAGGACUCCAAAAUUACCUCCAAAGUAUGAAAAAGGGAAAGUGACUGUACAGAAUGGGCGAAUCGAAAAAAAAAAAAAUGGCAAGCCUCGAUUUUAUAGCAAAAAACCAUUGCAGGAUGAGAAAAGAAGAAUUAUAGCGAAACAAAGUCUCGCUGCAAUAUCAAAUGAUAAGCUGUUUAUGGAUGGUUUAGAUAUAACCCAAAGGCCUAUAACUGCGCCAGUUGUAGUUCCAGAGAAAUUGAAAAAUUGGGCUUCUACAAUUAUACAGAAUAACGGCCAAAGAUUAAGUUCGAGCAAUCUAAACCAUGCAAGGUCGCUGGAUCGAGAUGCCUUGCGCAUCAAUUUUGAUAAAUCAGUCGAUAAUAAAACGGAGAAAGGGAAGAAUGCUGUUAUAACGAAUGGCAAAAGGUCAUGGGAUGCAGAAUUUGUUGCAUCACCGAAUGGCCAUAGUCAAUAUUCUAGCGAUGAUAUAAGUACGCCUACCUCUUCACAAAAUUGGCAUUCAUAUGAUGAUAUCCCAAAUGUAUCAACGCCGAUAAUUGACGAAUCUCGUCAAUCCGAUUAUAUGAUUGAGAAUCACCGCAGAGUACUGGAAUCUAGUUCAAAAUAUCCACGACUAACCAUUGCCCAGCAGAUUCAGAUCGCAAAAUAUCUAGAUUCACAUGGCGAAUAUGCACCAUCUUACAUGAUAAUUGAGAAGUUCAACUUGCAAAUAUCAGCAGCUCAUAUCCGCACGUUGACCAAUGGCGCUUGGCUUAAUGAUGAGGUCAUCAAUUUUUACGGUAAUCUCAUUAUCGAGCGAGCACAAAACAAUCCCGAUAUAUAUCCACCGGUUCAUGUUGUUAAUACAUUUUUCUAUACUAAACUAAUGCAAGGUGGAUUUGGUCACAAGGUUGUAGCGGGUUGGUUCAUACCACGGCCAAAUAAAAAGAAAAAGGCACCUCCGCCAAAUAUCUUUGAUAAAGAUUAUAUAUUCAUACCUAUUAAUACGGGCGCACAUUGGACUUUAGCCGUGGUGAACUUCAGACUGUGUAGAUUCGAGUACUAUGACUCUCUUGGCUCAGGGUUUAAUCCACUUUUUCUUCAAGAACUAAAGGAAUUCUUUAUCUAUCUAGCCAAGCAAACCAAUAAUCAGCAUUUCAAUUUUGCUACUUGGGAAACCUAUGAACCGAGG